GGGAAAGCGCUUCCGGUCCGGUCACCUGACUGUCCAAGAUGGCGUCCUUCAGCGGAGCCGGCCGGGCGCCCGAGUCCGAACAGUCGCCAGAGACGCGGGGGGACCUGCGCAGCGUCCUGCUGACCAGCGUCCUGCACCUGGAGCAGCUGGACGUGGACCUCUUCCGGGGAAGACAUUACUGGGUGCCCGUCACGCAGCGUCUUUUUGGAGGGCAGAUAGUGGGGCAGGCGCUGGUGGCAGCAGCCAAGGCCGUGACGGACAACCUGGAAGUCCAUUCACUCCAUUGCUACUUUGUGAGGGCAGGGGACCCCACCAUGCCAGUUCUGUACCAGGUGGAGCGCACCCGCACCGGGAGGAGCUUCUCGGUGCGCUCGGUCAAGGCCAUCCAGCACGGGAAGCCCAUCUUCAUAUGUCAGGCCUCUUUCCAACGAGGACAGCCCAGCCCGCUGCAGCACCAGUUCCAAAUGCCGGCUGUGCCUCACCCAGAGGAGCUGCUCACGCAGGAGCAGCUGAUCCAGAAGUACCUGCGGGACCCCAACCUCCUAGAGCGAUACCGGCAGGGACUCAAGGGGAUGCUGGCCCAGGAAGUUCCGAUUGAGAUGAAGCCGGUGAACCCGCCUGACGUUUUUCACCAGAACUCCCAGGAACCCAAGCAGCUCUUCUGGGUGCGUGCCAAGGGCUACAUCGGCGAAUGCGACAUGAAGCUGCACUGCUGCGUGGCUGCCUACAUCUCCGACUACGCCUUCCUGCGGACGGCCCUGUUGCCGCACCAGCACCACAAAGUCAAGCUCAUGGUCUCGCUCGAUCACACUAUGUGGUUCCACGCGCCCUUCAGAACCGAUCAGUGGAUGCUGUAUGAGUGCGAGAGCCCCUGGGCCGGUGGCAGCCGGGGCCUGGUGCAGGGCCGCCUGUGGCGCAGGGAUGGCGUGUUGGCGGUCAGCUGUGCCCAGGAAGGAGUAAUCCGAUUGGAGGAAGAGCAGCGGGGCACCAGCAAGCUGUAGCGCUGCUUUUCUUUCUUCCCUUGGCUAUUCUCUCCUAACGGGAGCCCCCCCCCUUUGCACUGGCCGAGUCUUCGGUGGUUGGAGGUCGCUUACAAGGACCCCCAUAACCCCUGGAGGUGGCACUUACAGAUGGAAGCACUGGCACCCCACUUUCCUUGGACAUAUUAAUUUAUUGGAGACGGGCUUCUGUCCCCCGACCGUUAAUAAAGGGAGGAAAGUGUCCCACGCGGCUUCGGUUUCUGAAGGGGGGGAGCAGGAGGUUCCUGGUGGCUUCACACACAUCGAUGCCGGAGGGGGGAGCCUGCCCACCGCCCAGGCUGCAGCCAGGAGUCCCGCCAGUGCCUAACGGCCUCCCCCCUCUAGCAAGAACAGCCUGUGGGGGGAGCCUCUUAGGAGGGCUCUCCAUGCACCCCUCUGCCAGCGAGCCUUGCAGAUGCUCUUGUCUCCCCAAGAGGGCAGUCAUCACCUCGCUUUCUCGGAAGGAUUUGGGGGUGGAGGUUUGU